AUGUCAAAUGUCAAUAAAAAUAAUAUUAUUUUAAUUAUUAAUAUGAAUUCAACAAAUCAUUAUACAAAUAGAAGUUUAUUAGAUAAUGAUUCUUCAUUUAAUAAUUAUGAAAAUUUAUUACUUGUUGAACGUUUAACAAUUUAUAUAACAUUUAUUUUAUCUAUUAUUGGUAUUAUUGGUAAUAUAGGCACAAUAAUUGUAUUAAAUCAACAUGCUAUGCGUCAAUGGCGUUCAUCUACAUUAUUAACAGCAUUAGCUAUUACAGAUUUUCUCUAUUUAUCAAUUAUAUUUUUAUCUAUUAUUGAUAUAUUAACACAUCAAGCUAUUGGUCUUCAUCGUUCAUUAUUACUUUGUCAAGUAACUGUUUAUAUAACACAUGUUUGUUCAUUUUUAUCAGCAACUUUUACAUUAUCAUUUACAUUACAACGUUUUGUUGCUGUUAUUUUUCCAUUACAUGCCUAUACAAUAAUAUCAUAUCGUUCAUCAAUUAUAAAUAUAUUAUUACUUAUAUUUAUUAGUUGUACUUUUUAUUUAUUUAGUUUUUUUUUAACAAAUAUAUCGAAUGGACAAUGUCGAGAAGAUGAACAUUAUCCAGCUUUAUUUCCAUUAUUAAUUAUUGAUAUAUGUUUCACAUUUGUUAUACCAUUUAUAUGUAUUCUUCUUUUUAAUUGUGCUAUUGUUUAUAAAUUACAUUCAAGAAAAAAAUUUACAAAUAAUUUUGAACCGACGACAGGAGAAGGUAGUCGUCGACAUGCAACAGAUGGUCCUAAUGAAAGACAACGAUUGUAUAUAUUCGAUACUCCUACGACUCAUAAUGAUUAUAUUCAAUUAAAAAAAGGAAGAAAAAUAAUUACAAAACCAUGUCUUGAACCAAAGAAUUUAGAUCAUGAAUAUGUAACACGUCAGAAUAAUUCUCAUUCAGGAAUACCAAGAUUUUCAUAUGAAUCAGUUUUACCAAUGGGAAAUGGUAUAAAACAACAACAGACAAUAUCACAACGAACAACAAAAAUGCUUGUUAUAUGUUCAACAACAUUUUUAAUAUUUAAUUCACCUUAUUGUGCUGUUUUAUGUUAUUCAAUUAUAUCAAAACAUGUUUUAACACGUACAUUAGAUAUAUUAAGACAUUUUUAUUUUAUGUCAUUUUGUUUAAAUUUUUUUCUUUAUUCAUUAUGUGGAAAUCGUUUUCGUCAUGAACUUAUACUAUUAUUAAAAAAAUCACAUCAAAAAUGUUUUACAUAUAUAUUUCGUCAAAAUUGUUUAAAUUUAUAUAAAUUUCCAAGAGAAACAAGUAUAUCACGUUCAACUGCUCGAACUAUUGUUUAA